AUGACUUCUGGGUCCAAACCGCCGGAAUUCCACAUCUAUCCUCCAGAGCCAGACAGCGGCCACGACGCCCAUUCAGCGCAACAGGCCGUCGCGGAACAGAAGAGACCGCAUGAAACAACAGGGACUCUACCGUCCCGCUCACAUUCCUCGAGGAGUAUUUCCUUCCAACUCGAUCUAAACCAGAAUUCCAUCCCACGACACACAUCAUCAGCGAGGCGCUCUUCAAAUCGACGACGAAGCGGGGCGUCUUCCCUGUUAUUGAGAAAUCUCUCUCAGCGCUGGUACAAGAAGCUACCAUCCCCGCCCUCGUCGCCGCCGCUCUCCUCCUUCAUCGACUUUGCUGAGCAUGACCCAGACUCUGUUCUCUCACUGCCGCGUCGUUGGCCAAGUCUGUAUGCGCCUCCCGGCCGACAGGAUCAGAUUGAACCGCGACCCGACGCGGAAGCCGAGCAGCGCCAGGGUUAUGGUUCUGGCUACUUGCGCGGAUGGCCAUUAGUAACGGUAUCAGUGGCAGCACUGUUGGCGUGCUUUGUGACGCAACUUGACGAGUCGAUUAUCGCAACAGCAUUGCCCAAUAUCGCAGCAGAGUUUCAUUCCCUGGGUGAUAUUGGAUGGUACAAUUCUACAUAUUACCUACCACAGGCGGUCCUCCAGCCAUUAUUUGGGCAGGUAUAUACUCGCUGGCGCAUCAAGCGGGUUUACCUGAUAUCCCUGUUCCUUUUUGAAGUAAUCAGCAGCGUGCUGGGGCCACUCCUUGGCGGCAUCGUUACCCAAUAUCUCAGCUGGCGCUGGUGCUUCGGCAUCAAUGUGCCCAUCGGUUCUGUCAUCGUCGUGAUCAUGGCUGUGUUGUUGAAAAUACCACGCGGUAGCAAUAGCACUACCAAGAGCACAUGGAAAAAGCGGCUUAUGGAGCUAGAUAUCCUAGGAACGAUCCUACUCACGGCGAUGAUCGUGUGUGUGCUCCUGGGGUUCCACAUGGUACAGAAGCAGCGGCCGAACAAGGCCGGAGUCGGUGCCGUAUUCGUAGCGGCCAUCGUCGCAGCAAUUGCGUUAUUUAUCCAGCAGCGAUUGACGCUGACGGAGACAUUGUUACCCAUCCGGAUCUUUGGCAGGCGCCUGGUGUGGGCGACCUGUGGGUUGAUGUUCAGCUUGUCUGUCGGAAUAGCGACUCAUAUUUCAUUUUUGCCUUUGUAUCUUCAGCUCGUCCGCGGCAAAUCACCCGCCUCAAGCGGAACGCAUACCGUCCCUUAUGUCCUCUCCAUCUUCACUGGCUCCAUAAUCAUGAUGCUAUCUUUAAUCGUUAUGAAAUAUCUGAACAUUCUCUUCUUAAGCGGAGUGGUCUGCUAUGCCAUCGGCGCAGGGCUAUUCACAACGUUUGAUGUCAACUCAACCCUGGGUGAAAUAGUCGGAUUCCAAGUCCUAGCCGGGUUGGGAUUCGGGUUGUGCGUGUUGUGUUUGGUCGAAUGUCCACAGGCAAUCCUGGCUGAUAGAGAUGUGCCAUAUGCGCAGGGAGUUAUAAACAUGUUCCAAAUUCUGGGAGGAGCUACGUCGACCCAAGUCGCAACUUUAAUCUUCAUCCAAACACUUUCCCACCGCCUCGAACGCGUCCCGAACCUGCCACAGGACCAGAUCCGCAUACUUCUGGCAGACCCAACUACAAUGCUAUACGGCAACAGCAGCGACAGCAAAGGUAGCCACCAUAUCAACGACAGUCAAACUCUGCCAUCUGGACCCCUCAGAAGCCGCAUCCUCAACGAAUUGUCCGGCUCCUUUUCCGCAACAUUCCACCUUUCAAUAGUAGCAGCCUGUCUAGCGUUGACGUUCGUCCUUUGCAUGCCGUGGACGAGGAAACGGACGCUGGCGGCUACGUUGGCUGUAGAAGCGGGCAAAGAAGCCAAUGGCAACGUUAAGCAUGAUGGUAAUUAUGACAAUGACAACCACAAUAACAAUAAUAAUGAUGAUGAUGGUGAUAUUAAUGACAAUAAUGAUAAUGAUAAUGAUAAUGAAAACGAUAUCAAAGGGACACGCAGGAUCAGGACGAGAAAGGCAGGACACGGAAGUGGGUUCAGACGGGAGCGCGAGGAGGAGCCGUUGACGACCAUAGAAUUAACAUAG